CUAAGGGCCUGUCCUUUUUUCUCCCUUCCGUCGACCAGUCCCUCUACUCUCUCUCUUUUCCCCCCCCUCUCCUCUACUCUCCUCUCCUCCUUCUCCCGCAAGAAGCAAUCACUGCAGAUCUUUGGUCCUGUUUAUGACCUUUUCCUCUUCUCGGUGCCCAAUUUUGCGUUCGGCAUUUCUCCUGGCACCGGACGUCCAGUCUAGCCUCUGAACUCUAUCGUUCUUUCUUUCCAGAGUUCUACCAACUUCAACCUCUUCGCAGGCGACUUCGGACUCUUUACUUUUCCCCCGAACGCGCGCUGUGGACGCUCUCCCUCUCGUAUCUUGCCGCUCAUAUCCGCCGCCCACUCUGACACACUCUUCUCCCAAAAUGGGUCUUUUCAAGCGCAAGGACUCGAAGAACUCGAUCCAGAGUGAACGAGAUGAGCAAGAAUCUUUUGCUUCCGCCAACAGUGCCCGUACCUCGAGUGCUUCGUUGAGAUCCCCAGGGUAUAAGGGAAGUGGGCUGCCUGCCUCCAUACCAGAGAUGCCGAUUGCCAAACCGCCCGAUCCAGCCCUGGAUCCCGCAGCUUAUCUGCGGAGCAUCCACGCGGUACGCGAACGGUGCUCAUACGUGCUCAACAAAGCAAAGAGAAAUCGACUCAACCACUUCGAUGUUGAUAUGAGCAAAUUUAUAGCCACUGCAUCUUACAUUGUGUCUAUCAUCAAGAGAGACUAUGCUCCCGACUACGACUCGAUCCCCCCGCAUGGACGCUGGCAGCACUUCGACGCCGGUGGACGACCCCGCGUCAACCAAUUGCUCCAGUCCUGGCCUAGUACUAUCGAUGCGCAAGAACGAACCCGUCGGCUGAUCGAUUUGUUCGUUGUCUCUGUCCUUCUUGACGCUGGCGCAGGAAACAAAUGGUCCUACAAAUCGAAGGAAUCGGGCAAGAUCUUUGCACGCAGUGAAGGCUUGGCAGUAGCUACGUUGGAGAUGUUCAAGAGUGGCUUGUUCAGCAGUGACCCUACAGAACCCUGCCAAGUGGACGGCGCCGGACUGAAGAAGAUUACAGUGGAGGUGCUUGCGAAGGGAAUGCAACACUCGGAGCAGAACCCCCUUGCAGGCAUCGAAGGUCGCGCCGGACUCUUGAUUCGACUCUCUGAGGCUCUAAACAACCAAGAUUUUUUCGGCGUCGAUGCGCGACCUGGAAACUUGCUUGAUUACCUACUUUCCCAUCCGUCCACACUCGCCUCGUCUGUUCCAAUCGUUCCUAUCACCACCCUGUGGAGCGUGCUUAUGGAUGGACUCACUCCGAUCUGGCCCCCAUCGAGAACGCAGAUCGACGGUCUGUCUAUCGGAGACGCAUGGCCAUGCUCGGAUCUACCCAAGUCGCCGCCCGCGCAGCCUUGGGAGAACAUCGUCCCUUUCCACAAGUUAACCCAAUGGCUCUGCUACUCUAUCAUGGUUCCCAUGUCCAAACUGAUGAAAAUCCACUUUGCGGGCAGUGAGCUGUUGACGGGUCUCCCGGAAUAUCGCAAUGGCGGUCUCCUGAUCGAUAUGGGGCUGCUGAGUCUGAAGGAGAAAGACCUCGAGCGCGGGAUUACGGCUUACAAGGAGAAUGCGCAAAUCAAAGGACAGCCCAAUGUCGAGGUUGUGCCCCUUUUCUCGACGGAUGAUGAUGUGGUGGUAGAAUGGCGAGCCGUCACCGUGGGCUUCCUCGACGAAUUGUUGUCGGAAGUAAACGGCCAGCUGGGACUGGUAGGAGAAGACCAGUUGACACUUGCACAGAUGCUGGAGGCAGGCUCAUGGAAGGGCGGUCGCGAAAUUGCCGAGGUCUCCAGGCCCAACACCAAGGAGCCCCCCAUCAUGAUACGCUCGGACGGCACUGUUUUCUAAUGAUCGCAUACCUUCAUUGAUAUUUUGGAUACCUGACUCCGCCAGUUCCGCGGUUUCUGUACAACCGCUGGUGGAAGUGCUUAUGACUUUGAUGACCGGAUAUUCCUUCUUCGCCUUGUUACAUACUUCUUGUUCCUCUCCGUGAACCUCUUCGGGCCGAUUGUGGGCUGGAUCGCCUGACUUGUUAUACCUAAUUGGCUUCUGCUGUACAUUUGUUUCUGCAGGGAUUAUGAUACUUUCUUGUCUACAUGGAUAUCUGGUCUGUACAUUCUGCUACAAUCAUUACAGGUGAAUGAAUUGAG